AAAUAAACCGGACCGUGGUAUGGUUAGGAUUUGUGAAACCAAACCGGUUUAUAUGGUAAUAACAAAGAUGGAGACGGAAAAGAGACGACGUACCAUUGCGCAAAAAACUACAAACUAUCAUCAGUUUCUCUUACCUAACAGCAUCUCUAGCUUCCCCCCACGUGUCCUUUCCGCGAAUGGCGUUGUUGUAUGGGUUGCGUUCAGAAAAUAUAUACAGAUUCAUUCUUCAUCGAUAACGAAGUUACUUGUGUGACAAUCAUUGAUUACUACACUGAUCGUGUGAAAACGUAAACCAAGAGAGAUCAAAGGAAUGAUGAAGGAUGUGAAGAGUCGGAUUCAAUACCUUAUGUCGUGGAUUCGCCGGCAGCCACCGAAGAUAAAGGCGUAUCUCUGUGUGGUUUCGGCAAUAACGGUGCUCGUCUUCUUAAGGGUGAUUGUCCAUGACAAUGAAUACCUUUUUUUAGCUUCUGAGGCUGUCCAUGCCAUGGGGAUCUCCGUUCUUAUCUACAAGCUCACCAAGGAGAAGACUUGUGCUGGGUUAUCUCUCAAGACGCAGGAGCUGACGGCUUUGUAUCUGGGCGUGCGAUUGUAUUGUAGUUUUGUAAUGGAAUUUGAUCUUCACACGUUACUUGAUUCUGCUGCUUUCUUCACCACUCUUUGGGUCAUCUAUAUGAUCCGUCUCAAGCUUAGACCUACUUAUAUGGAAGACAAAGACAACUUUGUCAUCUACUAUGCCGUAGUCCCAUGUGCUGUUGUAUCUCUCCUCAUACACCCGUCAACCCGUCACCACAUCAUAAACAGGCUGUUUUGGGCAUUCUGUGUUUAUCUUGAAGCUGUUUCAGUUCUUCCUCAAUUAAGAGUCAUGCAGAACACUAAGAUCGUGGAACCAUUCACAGCACAUUACGUUUUUGCCUUGGGAAUCGCUAGGUUUUUGAGUUGUGCACACUGGAUCCUUGAGGUGUUGGAUACGAGCGGGAGGUUACUGACCGCAUUAGGGUAUGGAGGCUAUGGACUUUGGCCUUUCAUGGUCAUUGUCUCCGAAAUCAUCCAAACCUUCAUUCUUGCAGAUUUCUGCUAUUACUAUGUUCAGAGUUUAAUGGGUGGACAGCUCGUCCUUCGUCUCCCGUCUGGUGUGGUCUGAGAAGCCUUGCAAAAUGGAUUCUUUGAGCUUCCAGAGGUUUUCAUUAUUAGAGAUUUUGAGAUAUGAUUUGAUACUUGUUAGCAAAGAUGCAUUCAUUAGAAUUAGUUUUCUCAUAAUAAAUGACGUUUUGAGUCGUAGAUCAUAUAAU